AUGCUGCCGGCUGCCGCCGCCAGCAAGCGGCCGCCGCUGCUCUGGCCCGUGCGCGCCGAGCCGCCGGCGCCGCCCUGGGUUUGGAUGGUGCCGGGCGCGGCGCUGCCGCCGCCGCCGCCGCCUCCCCUGCUGCUCGCCCCGCCGCCGCCGCCGCCCGCCGCCGCGCUGCUCCCGGCGGGCUGGCCGCUGCCCUGCGAGCCGCUGCUGCCGCUGCUGUCGGCGGCGGAGCCGCGGCGGCCGCGCGGGCAGUGGAUAUUUGGAGCUCAUUCUCCGGUCAUAGGAUUUUCACCAUCCUCUAGCGUGGAAUUUGUUCCUAUUUUUCCACCUGUGUAUACAUCUACUGUUCCACCGCACGCUGGAAAAAGUUGGAUAGACAAAAGGCUACCUAAUUGCAAAAUAUAUUUGAAUAAUGCGUUUGCUCUGGAUUCAGCAUGGAUACAUCCUGAGGAAUCAAGAAUCUUCCAGGGAAAUGAGAAACCUCUGUUAAUGACAAAUCAAGUAGCUAUGGCUAUAGCUAGGCCAGCAUCUGCCUCAAGGCCUCUCCCCACGGUGGUGUUGGCACCUCAGCUUAUACCAGGUGGUUGCCAGAAUAGCCUUAAACCAGUUGGUGGUAGUCAAACCAUUGCGUUAGCUGCUGCAGCAGCAGCCGCCACCACCGCCGUGAUGUCAGUAGAUUCUGAAACACCUCAGGGACCUUCAUCUAUGAGUGUCCAGCCAUGCCAUGUGCUGACCUUGUCACCAAUCAGAAUUCCAGUUUUGACUUCACCUUUUCCAGGUUCUGCCUCUAGAGUGGACGCUCACAUGAAUCCUUUGAUGCCAGCUCAAGUCACCAGGGUAACUGCUGUAUCUGCACCAGCCGUGACUUUCAUGGCAACCAAUCUGAUGGAGCAGACAUUAGCAGAUAAUGGCAAAGAAUCAAGUAGAUCCUCCUGCCCACCAACCUUGAUUUUACAUACUGACAGAAAAAGUAAGCCAGUGGAGAGUGGUGAUGAUAAGGAUCAUUCUUUAAAACUGUUAAGUGAGGAUGACAGCACAGCAAAUGGCAACAAGCCUGUGGCAUCCACCCCAGUGCCAGGAUCACCAUGGUGUAUAGUCUGGACUGGAGAUGACAGAGUCUUCUUCUUCAACCCUACAAUGCAGCUGUCUGUAUGGGAGAAACCAGUGGAUCUAAAGAAUCGCGGCGAUAUAAAUAGAAUCAUUGAAGACCCACCUCAUAAACGCAAACUGGAAACUUCAGCAACAGAUAAAAGUGUAAGUUCAUGUCCAGGAGAUGAAAAUGAUGAUCUUAGCAUCAAAACUAAAAGAAAUAAAACAGAAGAUUGCCAAAUUGCUGACCGGAGGAAGGAUGAUGCGGAGGAGAAAAAUAUGAAAACAUCAGCACAUCAGAUUAUGCUUCCGCUAGAAGAACGCAUUACUCAUUUCCGUGAUAUGCUUCUGGAAAGAGGGGUUUCGGCAUUUUCUACAUGGGAAAAAGAGUUACACAAAAUUGUGUUUGAUCCACGCUACCUUCUGCUCAAUUCUGAAGAACGUAAACAAAUAUUUGAACAGUUUGUCAAGACCAGGAUAAGAGAAGAGUACAAAGAGAAAAAAAAUAAACUAUUAUUAGCCAAAGAAGAAUUUAAAAAGCUUCUUGAAGAAUCCAAGUUAUCACCAAGAACAACAUUCAAAGAGUUUGCAGAGAAAUACGGAAGAGAUCAGCGGUUUCGGCUCGUUCAAAAGAAGAAGGACCAAGAGCAUUUUUUCAAUCAGUUCAUACUUAUUCUUAAAAAGAGGGACAAAGAAAACAGGAUAAGGCUACGGAAAAUGAGAUAA